AGAGAGAAAAGGAGAGAGACAGAUAGAGAGAUAGACACAGACUCUAGAGAGAGAGAGAGGUUAUAGAGUUGGCCCAUCGGAUCAACGAAGACGAUCUGAGAGUUUCUUCUCUUCUCCCAUGGAGUUUCGUUUAUUCCCCCUCACUUUUGUAUUAACUGUUUCUUAGAUUUUCUUUCUCCUUACUUUUGGUAUUAUUAUCUCGAAAACAACAUUUUUAUUAAAAUACUUUUUAUAUACAUAUUUUUAAUUUGUAAUAAAUAAUUGUCGACGAUUUGGGAGAGAGUGUUUGAGAGAUUUUCUCUGUUCAAAGGAGCGAUUAGAGGGGAUGUGGGUCUGAGAGGAGGGAGACAUGGUUCACUGUGAAAGCUUCUUGCCUUCAAUGAAGGAUCUCAACGAAGAUUCAAACACUUGGAGCUCGUCAAUGCAUUGUGGAGAUAAAAAUGGGCAAAAUCAGAAUGGUUUCUCUAUGAGAGCUCCUCCUCCUCCACUGGAAUCUUACUCUGGUUACGAGAGAGAAUUUCUGAAGCAAACCAUGCUUCAACACGAAGCCGUUUUCAAGAAUCAGGUUCAUGAACUUCACCGUUUGUAUAGAACACAAAAGAGCUUGAUGGAUGAAGUUAAAGGGAACAACUCUGAACAUACACCAGAGAGUGCCAUUAAACGCGACCUGCCUGCAUUUCUUUUGGGAAAUUCGGUAUGUGGUGAAGGAAGCAGCUCCCAAGCUUGCAAGGUUCCUAUGGCAAAUGGGGUUAGCUCAAAGGAGGAGGAGGUUAGACCUGUGAAGGUCAGGAGAAGAAUGAUUGAUCUUCAACGCCCGCCGGAUGAGUAUCUUGAUGAUGCAGAUGGUGAGAACUCGAGUUCUCCUCAAGAAGCUGGUGAAUUGCCUGAAAGAGGCAAUGCUUCUCAUUUGAUCGGUUCUUCUUUGGUUAUGAAGAACCCAACUGGGUUAACUGACUUGAACGUGCCAGUCCAGUGCCAAGAAUCAUCAGUACAUGGUCCUUCUUCCAGGGAUAUAUAUUCUCUUUAUGGGAAUAACAUUGCAAAUGCGCAACGCCAGUGGUUGGAAGCGAAUACAAGUCAAAAUGGAUGGAUGGUCCUAGAAGCAGGGAACGGAAAAGGCUUUCCAAGAGAGAACUUAUGUAUGCCUUCCCAGUCAGUACAAGUUCUUGCUAACCAUGCAUUUCAACCUCUGAGCUACCCUUCAACUGAUCAUAGGAAGUUUUUAUCGGAAGCUCGUCAAAGGAAUCCUGAAGUUUCCUAUGAAAGCUAUGUAGAGUCAAGUGUGGCAUCAAAUGCUCCAAGCUUGACUAAUGGCUACCGCCCUGAAUCUGGCAGGACCUGGAGCCAUUGGAUUCCAUCACGUGAGAACCGAAGUAGCAGCUCAUUUCAGAAAUCUUUGCCAUUUCAAACGAAUCCAUUCUUGAGUUUUAACACACAAGCAAGAGCAGAUUCAAGUUCUGAGAAGAGAAGCCUUUACCAAGGAAUUUCUUCAGGGUCGAAGGAAACUGCCUUUAAUCUUCCAUCAGGAAACCUUAACCAUCUUAACAAUGGCACAAAAGGGGAUGUUAGAAGUGGUUCAUUGAGUGAGGCUUUGAAGCAUCAGAGAUUUGAAAGUCUUCAAGGACCAAAAAAUCAGGAAUUGUCAGCUGGGUUGCCCUGGUUAAAACCUAAGCCCCUUCCCAAAAACGGAAUAACCAAUGGCGGUUUUGAUUUGAAUGCUUCUGCUGUAAGUGACGCGGUUGAUGGCUCAAGUAAUGUAUAUCCUCACAACGGUUUGAGGUCUUUUUCAUGUUCUAAUGAUGCCAACUUGGGACGGGCUGAAGUGGCCAGUUCACUGAGUAAUGGAAAGAUUCUUGGAUACCCUAUCUCUCAGAAGCGUUCCAUUUGGGAGGUGGACUCUUCUGUGUGUCUCACUGAUCAACCCAAGAAAGCAAACACUAUGGUGAAGAGAAACCUCGACAUCAACUUGCCAUGUGACGCUUCUGAAGAUGUUGUUGUGGAUAAGGAAGGAGGUAAAAGAGCUGCCACUAACAGGCACUACAUUGACUUGAAUUUAUGUGCUACCGAGGAUGAAAGUUCCGGCUUGUGUUCUAAACCAAGAAUGGAAACAAGAGCAACUCCUUUAAUAGAUUUGGAAGCUCCCCCGACCCUUGAGAGCGAAGAAGAAGGGGAGAAAAUGGUUGAGAAGAGAGAUGUAACUGGAGAGACUUUUGAUGAACUGAUCAAGGGAGCAGCAGAAGCUAUAGUCACCAUCUCACUGUCUCAUGAUACUGAUGAAGCUGCUUCCUCUACUAACGAUGCAGUUGCUAAAGACCCACUCUCUUGGUUUGUCAACACAAUAGCUUCUUGUGGCAAUGAUUUAGAAAAGAAGAUUGAUGCUUGUGAAGGCUGCCGUGAGGAAUGUUCUUCAGGGGAGUUUGAUUACUUCGAGGCAAUGACUCUGAACUUGCCCCCAGCUAAAGAAGAAGAUUACAUGCCAACACGGUUAGUCCCUGAACAUCUGAAAUUUGAUGGGACGGAUUCUUUGGGCAUCACAGCUAACAGGCCAAGAAGAGGACAAGCAAGACGAGGAAGACCAAGACGUGAUUUCCAAAGGGAUGUUCUCCCUGGACUUGCUUCUAUGUCUAGGCUAGAAGUAACAGAAGAUCUUCAAAUGUUUGAGGGACUUAUGAAAGCCACAGGCUACAGUUGGAACUCAGGAGUGGCCAGAAGAAGCUCAAACCGAGGUGGGUCUACCCGAGGAAGGAAACGACUGGUCAGCAACGUCAACAAUGCUCCGGUUUGUUCUUCUUUGGAGCAGCCAAUGGAUAACAGUAAUGUACAAAUGGUGGGAUUGGAAGAUAGGAGCCUUACGGGAUGGGGAAACGCAACCAGAAGACCAAGGAGACAAAGAUGCCCUGCAGGUACUCCACCAACUGUGGUGUUAACAUAAAAGCUUUCCAUGAAAUAAAUGUGAAUUUCACCAUCUGAGGAACCAUUAUAGAGGGAGAAAAAAAAAACAGAGAAACUGAUUCAGCAUUGAAGAAAACAGACAGAUAUUUUAUUAUUCUCAAUCAUCCCCAUGUUUGUGGGGGUAUUGGUUGCCCUUUGUAUAUCUUGUAAGGGAUAAAGUAAAAGAAUUACAUGAUUGUGUUAUAUUAGAGUACUUGGUUGGUUAUUACAAAAUCUGUUUACCUGUUUCCUACAUGGCUCUAACAUGUCUUUCAUUCAUUAAUCUGUAAACAAUCUGCUUCAAGAGUUACAUGUUGGAGAUUCCCAAGACAUCUAUAGAUUUCCUCUGUUCCUAAACAGGGUUCUUCACCAGCACCAAACUUGUAAACUUUUUGAUCAAUCUCGACCGAGCUGUACCCGGGAACUUUCUUAAGACUCAAACUCUUAAUAGCCGAUCUCAUUCUCCUGAACUCUUCCCAUUCGCCUUCUUCAGCAUAUAUAUUGGACAAGAGAGUGUAAUAUCCAGUGUCGUCGGUUGCAAUAUCAGAAAGAUCUUUCUUUAUGGCUUUGAUUAUAUCCAUUCUCUGAUGGAUUCUGCAACCGUUGACUAGAGAACCCCAAACGCUAGCAUCAGCUAGGAAUGGCAUCUCCUUGAUGGUUCUAUAUGCUUCUUUGAGAUCACCAGAACGGCUCAAAAGGUCGAUGAAACAUGCGAAAUGCUCCGAGUUUGGUGAGAUGCCGAAGUUUUUCAUCAAGUUAAAGUAGAGUUUACCUUCUUUAACUGAACCAGAGUGACCACAAGCAGAGAGAACGUUCAUGAAAACAACUUCGUUAGGUUUAGUUCCUGAUUCCACCAUCUGGUUGAAUGUAGAUAUGGCUGAGCCGAUACAUCCGUGCAUCCCGUAGGCGUUGAUCAUACUACUCCACGACACAAUGCUCCUAUCUGACAUGAACUUGAAAAUAGUUUCA